AUGGGUAACAACCUCUCCAGUGUCCCCUCUCUGCCGCGAGGGAACCCGAGCCGGGCGCCGCGGGGUCACCCGCAGAACCUCAAAGACUCCGUUGGGGGUCCUUUCCCGGUUGCCUCUCACCGAUGCCACCACAAGCAGAAGCACUGCCCGCCGGCACUGCCUGGUGGGGGUCUCCCGGCCACGCCGCUGCUCUUCCACCCACACACCAAGGGCUCGCAGAUCCUCAUGGACCUCAGCCACAAGGCUGUCAAGAGGCAGGCCAGCUUCUGCAACGCCAUCACCUUCAGCAACCGGCCCGUCCUCAUCUAUGAGCAAGUCAGGCUGAAGAUCACCAGGAAGCAGUGCUGCUGGAGCGGGGCCCUGCGCCUGGGCUUCACCAGCAAGGACCCGUCGCGCAUUCACCCCGACUCCCUGCCCAAGUACGCCUGCCCUGACCUGGUGUCCCAGAGCGGCUUCUGGGCCAAGGCGCUGCCUGAGGAGUUUGCCAACGAGGGCAACAUCAUCGCCUUCUGGGUGGACAAGAAGGGCCGUGUCUUCUACCGCAUCAAUGACUCCGCCGCCAUGCUCUUCUUCAACGGGGUCCGCACCGCCGACCCGCUCUGGGCCCUGGUGGAUGUCUACGGCCUCACGCGGGGCGUCCAGCUGCUGGACAGCGAGCUGGUGCUGCCCGACUGCCUGCGGCCGCGCUCCUUCACCGCCCUGCGGCGGCCGUCGCUGCGGCGCGAAGCCGACGAGGCGCGCCUCUCCGUGAGCCUUUGCGACCUCAACGUGCCGGGCGACGAGGGCCCGCCGGCCACGGGCUGCCCGAUCCCGCAGAACUCGCUCAACUCGCAGCACAGCCGCGCGCUGCCCGCGCAACUCGACGGCGACCUGCGCUUCCACGCGCUGCGCGCCGGCGCGCACGUCCGCAUCCUGGACGAGCAGACGGUGGCGCGCCUGGAGCACGGGCGCGACGAGCGCGCGCUCGUCUUCACCAGCCGGCCCGUGCGCGUGGCCGAGACCAUCUUCGUCAAGGUCACGCGCUCGGGCGGCGCGCGCCCCGGCGCGCUGUCCUUCGGCGUCACCACGUGCGACCCCGGCACGCUGCGGCCCGCGGACCUGCCCUUCAGCCCCGAGGCCUUGGUGGACCGCAAGGAGUUCUGGGCCGUGUGCCGCGUGCCCGGGCCCCUGCACAGCGGCGACAUCCUGGGCCUGGUGGUCAACGCGGACGGCGAGCUGCACCUCAGCCACAACGGCGCGGCCGCCGGCAUGCAGCUGUGCGUGGACGCCUCGCAGCCGCUCUGGAUGCUCUUCGGCCUGCACGGCGCCAUCACGCAGGUCCGCAUUCUCGGCUCUACCAUCCUGGCCGAACGGGGCAUCCCGUCGCUCCCCUGUUCCCCUGCCUCCACACCAACCUCACCCAGUGCUCUGGGAAGCCGCCUGUCUGACCCCUUGCUCAGCACUUGCAGCUCUGGGCCUCUGGGGAGCUCUGCAGGUGGGACUGCCCCCAACUCGCCGGUGAGCCUGCCCGAGUCACCAGUGACCCCAGGCAUGGGCCAGUGGAGCGAUGAGUGCACCAUUUGCUAUGAACACGCGGUGGACACGGUCAUCUACACGUGUGGUCACAUGUGCCUCUGCUAUGCCUGCGGCCUGCGCCUCAAGAAGGCUCUGCACGCCUGCUGCCCCAUCUGCCGCCGCCCCAUCAAGGACAUCAUCAAGACCUACCGCAGCGCCUAGCCUGCCACACGGCAAGCCAGCAGGGCCCGUCUUCCUCACUUUGGAAACUUUUCCCUUUUCCAUUAAACAUGGGACA